GGAAGUUACAUAAACGACGGCAGACGCCCUUGUCUGACAAGGACACUUUCGCUCGAUUUCCGUUCGACGUUCAUCUUCGAGCUAGUCGAGACUUAAUCAGAUUUAAAAUCCGGCGAGAAUCAGAUUACGCAACGUAAAGAGAGACCCGCACAAGUAAUCGCGAAAUUAGAAAAUACAUCAUACCGUGAAUUAACUCGACGACAGAGAGAGAGAGAGAGAGAGAGAGAGAGAGAGAGAGAGAGAGAGAGAGAGAGAGAAGAGCCUUUCUAGCGCUACACAAAACAGUCGUUGUUUCAGCUGCCUAGAGCGAUAGAGGAGUAAAAGUACAGAGUACGCAGAUACCCGAGAACAAAAGAAGAUGCAGAUAUUCAUUGUAGUGCCGUUUCUCAUAGGAAUGAAGAUACUUGACGUCCCUGCCGAAGAAGCGAACUUGAAGCUUAGUUAUGAGUAUAAUUACGAGGUACACAUGACAUCGGACUUCCACCAGUACGGAAGCGAUGGCAUGUAUGAAAAGAGAAACGACACGCUCCUGUCGCUCAACUUCUUGUGUUCGGACGUGCAACAUGAGAGCAUGAUGUGUUACAUUGAGCCUUGCAACGAGAUACAACCAACGCCACGAAAAAAUCUGGAGUCGCAACAAUUGUUAUACAUGGCUCCCAUUAAUCCCAGUGUCUUUUACAGAAAUAGCGUGCCCUUCAAGAUUAUGUUCGGGGCUAAAGGGAUCGACGGUUACAUCGUCGAACGUCGCUCGGUACCGAAGCAAUUGAUGAAUAUUUACCGAUCGAUCGCGAAUCAGCUGAGUAUCGGCUUUAAUAUCAACGAUACGGUGAGCAAGACAUUCAAGUUGAACGAACGAUCCAAUGUCGCUGACUGCCCCACGAGAUACGAGAUCUCAGUAGAGUCGAGCAGAGCCAAACGAAAUAUCGUGCUGGUGCCCUUGGUUAAUCUUGAUUUCCAGAAAGGGAUGACAGUCAUCUCAAAGCAAAGAAUAAUCAGCGAAUGCUUUGUAACGUCGAACUAUUCCUUCUCGGCAGGAAUUUGGCCCGAAUUUGUCCCAAAAGCGGCUAAGGUCGCUACUUUGGUACACACGAGUAGUUGGAUACAUUUAUCUGCGCACGAGAUAAAGUCUGAAACUACAAACAUAUUCAAUUUUUACAAUCAGAGCAACUACCGUGUCGGAUUCGUCAGGGAAAGAGUUAAUCUUGAACUUAAAUCGUAUCGUAAUAUAUCUCCAGUACAUAUACCUGUAAUCAACAAGUUUAACACUGUUGAAUUAGAUAUAUUUAACGACAAUGUGCUCUGACGAGUGCUUUCUACCGUAAACACUUCAAUUUUUACAUGUUAUACGUUUUCCUUGUUUUCUUAUAUCUUUUAUCAAUUGUUACUGAACUGACUAAAAAGUUGCGUGCAUUAGUUUAUCGCACGGCAAUAUUAAAUAAAAAUGCCUAUGCCAAUAAUCGACGAUUUUUGUGUAUUUAAUUUUACAUAUUGUUUAUC